UGCACCACGGAAGGGAUGCUCACACCCAGCCCACUUACACUCACAGAGCUGGCAGACUGCGUAUAGCUGCUCCUGUGCUCCCAGGACCCCCUAGGAUUAGCUAUGCCCCGCAUAUUGCAGGCAGAGCCCGCAGGCUGUGUAUGUGGCACAGGAGAGACCCUCCCGCAAGGUAUUAUCAGCACGCUGCUGUGCCCGGACCCCUCCUGCCUGCGCUGCUGAUGGUAUUUCCCCGGGAGGCUGGACCAGGAGCAGCAGGAGAGCGGAGUAAGAGGCAGCUGCUGUGAACUGGGCUGGAUGUGGAGUAGCUGCCGCUGCUGAUGCCGAGAGACCUGUCCCGGGAAUUCCUGGUAAACAAGCAGAGGAGAUUCCCGCUGCAGGUUUGGCUGUGGACUAAGCACACAGAGAGAGGAGGAGCUGCACCAGCAUAUGGGAGACCAUAUAGAAGUGGGGACUUUCACUUCUACAGUAUGCUUUAGGAACUAGCAUCAGUAAGGAUCCCUCACCACACGUUGCACUCUCUCUAUCCUGCCUGUUGCAGAAACAUUUGGGAAUUAAGCAAAACCAGAUUGCACACAAAGCCCCCUAAAGGGGCACCCUGGGUUUUAAAUCCAACAGAAACAAAAGCUGGGGCAAUGAUUUCCUUUGAUAUACACUCUCUCAUGGGACUUUGGAGGAGGGAUCCUGGAUUAGGUGGGAAUGGAAAAAGCAUGAAGGGUUCACUAUUGUUAGUGAUAAUUCUUGUGCAUGUUUUGGGCGAUGUGUGGUCCCAGUCUGAACAGCAGUUUCCCUGUCCUGCUUUCUGCGAGUGCUCUGAGGCUGCGCGGACUGUGAAGUGUGUGAAUAAGAAUCUUACUGAAGUACCCAAAAACCUACCUUCAUAUGUGAAGAACCUCUUUAUUACACACAACCAUAUUAGCAGCCUGCAGGAAGGAGCAUUUAAUCAAACCCUAGCAGACCUGUCUAAUCUCAGUCUCAGUGGCAAUCACCUCCAGAUACUGGGCAGUAAUAUCUUCCAAAACAUUCCCAGUCUUAGGCAUCUGGAUCUUAGCAACAAUAUGCUCGAGAACAUAGGUCGCUUAAUUUUCCAAGUUGGAAGCAACCGCAGCAGCCCAAUUUUAGAACUGAACCUCAGCAACUCUUUAUACAAUGAAUCAUUCAUAUUCUUUUUGGCAAGAAGUCUUCAGAGUGGAUCACUGAGUAACCUCCAAACCCUGGACCUGAGUGGGAACAAUUUACUGUAUUUACCCACCGAUAUAUUCAGUUCAUUGCCCAGCCUCAAACACCUUGACCUAAGCAACAAUUCCCUGUUACGCUUGAAAGCUGGGACUUUCACAAACCUCAGCCACCUCGAGACCUUGGAUCUGAGAUACAACUCUCUAAAAAACCUGAGAAACACAACUCUUCUAGAUUUCUCCAAUCAGCCAGGUCUGACAGUUCAACUUAGUAACAACAGCUGGCUGUGUGACUGCGAAAUUGAGUUUUUUAUCACAUGGCUCAAGGAGACCUCCGUAGUGAAAGAACCAUCCAGCUUGCUAUGCUUCUCCCCACAGAAGAUGAUGGAUGUGCCACUACUCUCUGUCAAAAUCUCAGAGCUUGAAUGUUCACCUUAUGCUACUGAUACCAGCUUACAAACAUCCUAUGUUUUUCUGGGUAUAGUGCUAGCCCUUAUAGGAGUGAUCUUUCUCCUUGUUUUAUAUUUGAACAGAAAAGGUAUUAAAAAAUGGAUGUACAACAUCAGAGAUGCAUGUAGAGAUCAUAUGGAAGGUUACCACUACAGAUACGAAAUUAAUGCAGAUCCAAGGCUAACAAACUUGAGCACAAACUCUGAUGUAUAAAGAUUAUUUUUCACACAGGAGCAACACUUUAUCUAUGCAUGAACUUACUGUACAGAUAAUGCAUCUAACCCCUGAGCUUGUUCUACUUCUCACUCCCUGCUGGAAAGCUGAACAGAAAAACAAAACAAAAGACUCCAUGCAGGAAUUUUGAAUGCCUCCAUAUGACUGUGAAGUUUCUUGCUGCAUUAUAAUUUACUCUGUACUGUAGACACUGAACCCUGCAUGCUAAACAUCCAUACAUAACAACAGACUUGACUCGUUUUGCUGUUCUUGGGUAUACAAUCCUGCAAUAUAUAUCUAAAAAUUGUGCUAAGCAGCAACAGUGAUUGUUAUGUUUCUUUCAGCUUCUGAAUAGUACAACACAUUGCCAAUUCAGAUACGAUCAACAAUUACUGCCUCAAGUUUUUUUUUUACUUUUGUUUUUUAUAUUGUCUGUUUCCAAACUUUUUUUUUUUUUUUAAUGCUUUGUGAAACUGCGAAAUUGUGAGAACGCAGCAAAGCUAAUUGCAGAUCUUUGCAUGUGCAACAUGGGAACUAUUGCUUAGAUAGCAUGUUUGGUCUUUUAUUUGAAAUUCUAGACUGGGAAACAUCCACAUUAAUACUUUUGCACUGUUUUUUGUAAAAGAGAUAUGCAGUUUAUACUAAAGCAGAAUUUCUAUAAACUGCAGCUAACUUUUAGUAACUAACUCAAUAAAGGAUAUAUUAAAAUAAUUGUCGUGUGGAAAUUUUUCAGCCAAAAAUUUUUUUGUACUUUGUAACUUUUGUAAAUCAAGCAAGGGAAAUGCAGGUUUCGAUUUUGGUUUUUUUUAUAUGUUACGGGGAGCUUCCAAGUCUCAUAUCGGGAAAUAUGUGCUUUAAACUCUUGUUUUGUAGAGUGCCUACUUCAGUAGAGCUAGAACAAUGUACAGUAUACCCUCCACAAAUGUGUCACUGAAAAACAAAUAUUAAUAUUUGUAUUAAUAACCUGUAUUAUUUUGUCAUUGCUUUUUUAUAAAAAAAAUACCACCAAGAUGUUUUAAAGAAUGCAUUUUAAUGCAGGUACCUGUUAUGUAACAAUUCAUAUUGUUAACAAAGCAUUAAGUGUAAAAAUGAAUAUCUGGUAUAUUUAAAUAGCAAUAUAUGGGCAGCAAUGUGAAAAGUGUGAUAAGUGGUUAGGAAGUUGGUUAACCCUUAAUCAAUAUGUGUCUUAAUUUAUUGGGUGGGUGGGGGAACAACUGCUUGCAUGAAUGUGUAAUGUUUCAUAGUGGUUAAACUUUGUAGGGCCAAUGCAUGGGUUUUGUCUAAUCAUAAUUAUCUGCUCUUUGAUUACAAUCUGAACAGUUUGUUCUCAUUGUCAGAUAAUUCUGUCAUAAUGGUCAAACUGCACAGAUGCCUUAUUUUAUAUAUUUUAUUUAUAUUUUGGUAAUUUAACGGGUUUUAUUUCAGUUUAGCUGGCAUCAUGGAGAGGAUGUAAUUUUUUUUUUUUGUUGUCCUUUCUUAAUAUAUGUAAUUUAAAUGACUUGCAAGGACAGUUAUAUAUGUUUAACUGUGCUAAUUAACGGAUAAGCUUUGAUUGUAUUAGAACACAACUUAAAGUACAUAGACUUAAAUGAACUUCUAAUUGUGUCCUACAACUAACAUUUGACUAUGCAGCUGUGUGCAUCUUUUUAUAUAAAGUAAUAGUACGUAUUUUUGAGGCUUCUUUGAAUUAAAAUGCAAAACGCUGGCAUGGAGCUUCACUCGUAAACCUUUAAAUGUAUGUUAGAUUUUAUAUUUGCUCAUAUCAUUUACUACUAUACAGCAGGUCCAGAAAUACUGUUAUUACCUCCUUAUUUGUACAACAUAAGGCUGUAAAGACUAUAUAUAAGGGUAUCCUGAAGUGAUAAAUACUGAUUGAGGAAUAAUGCUUGAAAACUUAUAGUAUUACAAAACAUAUUGUUACACUGGAUGGAGUGUGUGUGAUAUAUAAUAAAAUCAUGGAAGCCUUGUAUAACUCACUAGGGAUGCUGCUUAUACCUUCUUAUAAGUCAGUUUAUAUUACAAUCUACUGUACUCUCAAUAGGGUAAGAAGUGUGUCUGGUAACUUGUAGCAUGGAAAUACUGGUGGUGCAAACAACCAACCUCCCCGGAGGUCUGUAGUUUGCUUCUGGAUGUCUUACAGUAUUUUAGUGAACUUGCUAAAGCACAAUAAAAUGUAUUUUAAAACAUUCUCUCGUUAUGCUGUACAUCUGUUGGAUUUUAUGAUGUCAAAUAUAAUAAACUUGACCAUUUAUUUUCA